AUGACAAGACUUAGAGAAGCCCUAGGCGGCGCAGCCGCGCCCGGGGCUCCCCCGGGCCCCGACGAUGAACAGCAGCAGCAGCAGCAGCAGCAGCAGCUAGAGAGUUGCCCGCAGGACUUCCCCUGGCUGCAGCUGUGGGAAGUCUGGCAAAGAGGAAGUAUGACUCCCCUAAGCCAAGGCGAGACCUGGUACGUGGUGAAUGCUGGCUUUCUGAAGGCUCUGCAGCAGGAGGCGACUCGCCUGCGCGCGAGCAUGUCAGCAGAGUCAGCAGCUCAAGUGCUGAGCGGUUUAGAGAAGUUCGUUGCCCUUUCCAGACAGCUGCAGCAGCAGCAGCAGCAGCAGCAGCACCAGCAGCUGCGCAUCUCGAACGCGCCGCUGCUGUCGCCCGACAGCAUCAAGAACGGAUUUGCAACAAAACGCUCGCGGCUGGCCACGGGGGUGGAGAAGCAGAUGGGCCUGGCGUUUCAAGUCUGCGACUCCAACACUUGGACAGUUAUGACUGCGUGGGUCCCUUACGACAUCGAAGUGCCCCGCGGGGUGUACAGACAGGGCGGCCGUCUGCACGUGGAGGUGCAGCCGCUGCUGCUGCAUGCGUUUCGCGCUGUGGGCAGCAGCAGCAGCUGCAGAGAAGCAGCAACAGAGCCUGUUGCCGACUUCGUAGCCACGCGAUCCGACGCGCUGGACCUCGUUAUCCACAAGCUCAAGGAAGCUGCUGGCGUAGAGCCCUACGAUGCCCUUCUCCACGUGUCGCUGCAGCUGCGGCCGCGAGGCCCCGGGGCCCCGGGGGCCCCCGGGGCCCCCGGGGGGCCCCUGGGGGCCCCCGCGUUGUUUGCGCCUCCGAGCAGCUGGAGCUGCGUGUGCGAGCCGCUGGACACUUUGGUGGAGGAGACGGACUUGGUUGACGGGGCUGGAGUGGUGCUGCUGCACCGUUCGGCGUGCGUGUGCAUGCAGCAGCAGCAGCAGGAGCAGCAGCAGCAGCAGGAGGCUGAGGAGGAAGCAGCAGCGUGGCCCGUUGGCCCGCCGCGGGCGUCGGCAGCAGCAGCAGCGCUGCAGCGGCCGGCGCUGGGGGGCGGCGUGCUGGCGCUGUCCGCGGGGAACCGGGGCCUGGCCCCCGCAGCAGCAGCAGCAGCAGCAGCAGCAGUGCCGCGGGGCCUCAACGACUCGCUGGUGGACCUCUGGUUCGCCACGGGGGGCCUCGUGGGCCUCGUCAACUUGGCCAACACCUGCUUCUUAAAUGCUGCAGUCCAGUGCCUUUCUGCUGUUCUUCCUUUCUCCCGCUACUUCCUCAGCGGCGCCUACAAGGCCGACAUCAACGAGCAAAACUGCAUGGGCACUCAGGGCAGACUCGCGGACGCCUACGCGAAGACCCUCAAGGCGCUGUGGGCUUCGAACGAAACGGCUUUCGGCCCCCGGGAGCUGAAGUGGGCCGUGGGAGAGGUGCGGGAAGAGUUCCUGGGGUUCGCCCAGCAAGACACUCAAGAGCUGCUGGCGUUUUUGCUGGACGGCAUUCACGAAGACCUCAACAGAGUCCGCAAGAAGCCUUACUACGAGGACAAGAUCGAGGGCUGCGCGGGCCUGAGCGAGAGCGUGACGGCGCUGCGCAGCUGGCGGCGGCACCUGGAGGUGCACAACUCCGCAGUGGUGGAUCUCUUCCAGGGGCAGUACAGGUCGCGGCUGCUGUGUCCUCUUUGCUGCCGCCUCUCCGUCACCUUCGACCCUUUCCUGACGCUGUCGCUGCCGCUGCCGCACGCGGCGCCGCUGCGGCUGGCCUUCGCGGCGAGCUUCGCGGCGUCGAAGGCCUUUGCUGCGGACCUGCACGCGCUGCUGCCGCUGUCGCAGCAGCAGACCAAGACCCUGGCCCUCCGGCUGCUGCAUGCAGCACUUGAAGAUGAACUGCCACAAGCAACUUUAAUGGAAGAUGAAAAAGAAGAACUCGUCCGCCAAAUCUGCAACUGUUCUGGAAUAAACAAAAUAGAUGAAUUGAAAGAAGACCAAAUUCUUUUAGUUUGCAGAAGGCCCGGAGAGAUGAGCCCGGGGUCCCCGCAGCUGGGCACCAGCGGCUUGCGCCCUUUUGCCCCGGGCGAAGAGCUGCGGAGUCGAACAGAAAGAAAAGUGACAACAAUUUUCAUUUGGUUUUUGCCCGCCUGGAUUGUGCAGGAGCUAGAGGGAGGGCAGCCGGAGAAGGCGAAAGACGCAGAAGAGGAAAUGCGCUUUGCAAAUCCAGACAGCGACAUGGAAGAGGCGCUGCCGCCGGCUGCAGCAGCCAGCAGCAGCAGCAGCAACAGCAACAGCAACAGCUGCAGCAGCACGGCGGAGGGGGAAGACGGCCUGGUGACCAAUGGUUCAAAUAUGGCCUACGAGCAGCAGCAGCAGCAGCAGCAGCAGCGCCCAGGGGCACCGCCGCAAGCGACUGCAAAGAAAAGAAGAUCCGCUGCGGGUUUGCCUUCGAGUUUGGCGGCUUCGAAUUCUUUCUUCGUGAUGGUGGCGCCUCUGGUGAAGUACCAGUCGGAGCCGAGGCUGCACGGCUCGUGGAUGCCGGUGCUGCGGCUGGUGACCCCCACCACCACCUGCAGCGAACUCUACGCUGCUGUCGGCGGAGCUUUCUUCAGCAGCGGUUCUUCGGGAGAUUCUGCUGCUGAGAACGGGGGCCCCUCGAGCCCAGCAGCAGCAGCAGCAGCAGCAGCAGCGCACGGCGAGGAGCCGCUGCAGCAAAAGUCUAAAAUAUCAGGAGUCUUCACCCAGGCCGUAGAGGCCCUCAACAAGACCUUCGGACCCGCACAGGGAGAGCCCAACGUUAGGAAGUGGAAGCUGCAAGUGAUGGCGCUGGUGUAUUUAGACCUCUCGGGGAUGGACAGUUUGCCGGGCGUGCUGAGCAGCAGCAGCAGCAGCAGCAGCAGCGGGGGCUCGCUGGAGCAGCAGAGCUCGCUGGUUAGCAGCAUUGUGUCUCUGGGCACUGUCAGGCAGCCCCACAAAAUCCAACUGGCGGAUUGUUUGCAGCUUUUUUCAGAAAAGGAAAUUCUAGACCAAGACAACAUGUGGUACUGCAGCACCUGCCGCAAGCACGUGCAGGCGCAGAAGAAGCUGGACUUGUGGCGAAUGCCUCGCGUGCUGAUUUUGCAUUUGAAGCGAUUUCACAACGUGAACCGGUGGAGCCGCUCCAAGACAAACACGCGCGUCUGCUUUCCGUACAAAACCGGGGAAUAUCUGGACAUGAAGAAGUUUAUUCUUCCUGGAGGCCUUGAGCAGUUGAGGGAAGAAGACCCCAGCUUCAACCCCCAGUACGAACUCAUCGCAGUUAAUGUCCAUUCCGGAGAACUCGGCGGCGGCCAUUACUACGCCUACACCAAAAUCCGCGGCCAGUGGUACGAGUUUAAUGACUCUUGUGUCACUGCCGUUCACGAAGACAAGUGCCACUCAGCCGACGCCUAUAUGCUCACCUACGAGCUCCGCUCCAGCCGCGAAGACUCAAUGCGCAGAAUAGCCAAAGUCAAAGCAGCAAACAGGAUCCCCCCACAUCCCAGUGAGCAGCAGCAGCAGCAGCAGCAGCAGCAGCAGCCCCCUGUGCGCCCCUGGGUCAUGUAG